CUCACUCUCAGAGUCACUUGCCCUCACUUUGUACACACCCCCAGCAGGUGCUUUCACUUGAAGUGUGUUUGCAGUUGUGCUUUAGGCUGUGACUUUCAGUUUAAGUGUAAUUCCACCAAAGAGCCUGAGAGGGUUCGAGGCCUUAAGGCUGGGGUCUGUGUGACACUCAUUUUGGGGGGGGGGGGAAACAGAUUGAAGGGUGCCUGCUCCAUCUCUGUCCUCAGACAGCGCCUGGACAUCCCGUCUGAGCUGAGCUUUAGUCUGCAACAGGGACCAAAAAGGCCAUCCUUCAUCCCGCAGCAGGACCAGAGCUGCACUGCCUCUGCCAUCAUCCUCUGGCCAUCAGAGCAUCUUCGCCUCGGUAAUAGUUACAGUAUGACAAAUCCAGUGGGCAGUUUAUCGGAAGGCCCAUUGUAUGGAUCCCGGCUCGGGAUGACGGAGGACUCCCUCGCCAUUCUGGAGCGAAACAGAGGCUCUGGAGAACCCUGGGACCUGGGGGAGACCAAACCGAACGUGGAAGCCCUGGAGCGCGGUGUUCCGGGCUUCUACCUGUCCUGCUUUGACAUGCUCCUCACUGAAGACGCCACCUGGCUGGUGAAAGUUUCAGAGGCCUCCCCAACGGUGGUUUCCACCAUGACUCGCAUGGAGCCCCAGGAAGAACCAGAGCAGUGCCCCGUCAUUGACAGCCAGGAACAGGGACUCUCUCCUGGGCUGGAGGGGCAGGAGGAGGAGCGGUCUCUGGAGCAGGUGCAAUGCAUGGUGGUGGGAGAAGUGCUGAAGGACAUUGAAACAGCCUGCAAACUGCUCAACAUCACCCCAGACCCUAUAGAGUGGAACACAGGGAACGUCCAGAAGUGGCUUCUGUGGACUGAACAUCUGUACCGGUUGCCCCAUGCAGGAAAGGCCUUCCAGGAGCUGACGGGAAAGGACGUGUGUGCCAUGAGCGAGGAUGAGUUUCGCCAACGCUCGCCACAGUGUGGAGACACGCUGCACGCACACCUGGACAUAUGGAAGUCAGCUGCCUGGAUGAAAGAGAGGUGUUCAGUUGGGGAUACAAAAACUACUGGUGGUGAGGAUCUUUGGUCCGAGGCAGAUUCCUCUUGUUCCGGUCAGCCCAUUCAUCUGUGGCAAUUCCUCAGAGAACUACUGCUUAAACCUCACAACUAUGGACGCUGCAUCCGCUGGCUCAAUAAAGAAAAAGGUAUCUUUAAAAUCGAAGACUCGGCUCAUGUUGCGAGACUGUGGGGACUCAGAAAGAACCGGCCAGCUAUGAACUAUGACAAGCUGAGCCGCUCCAUACGUCAGUACUACAAGAAGGGCAUCAUCCGCAAGCCCGACGUGUCUCAGAGACUGGUGUACCAGUUCGUUCACCCAGUGUGAGGCGGCAGCAUGGCGGGAGGACAAAAGAAAGAGGAGAAGGAGAUGGAAACCUACAAAACUACAAGGAAACAUUAUCUCGCCAUGCACUUGAACACUUAAGCCCGAGAUGAAAAGGUGACAGGAAACACGUGCACUGACCAACCCCAAUGGUACACACUUUCACUGCCAACAGUGAAGCAACAGCUGGCAGCUGCCGCGUGAAGGCUUAUUUGUGCAUGAGCCAAGAGGAAGAGACAAAACAAAGUGGCUUUUUUUUUUUCUUUCCCUGCUGCAGAAUAAAACAACCGCAGAUUAAAAAACAGAAACUGCCUUGUCAUUUGCAUGAUCUGCCUGUUUAAUUAUACACAAUAGGAUUCUAAAUGAUCCUUUACUUUAAUAAAACAAACAGAACGGAUUGCUCUUUCAUCCACAGCUACAUUUUUUUUGUCUUUUAGUUUUGCUCAUCUUGACCACUGUCUCUGUACCAAUUAGAGCCAGUUUUCCCGCCGCCGUUGA